UGGCGUCCUCGUUCUGACGUCUUCAUGAGAGUUUUGUUGUCCAGCAAUGAAGUAUGCAAAAAUGUGUUAGCCGGUGGGCCUUUACAGCGAGAUAUCUUCCGAAUUUAUGAUAUUAUCCACAGUUUUUCUUCGAAGUAUUAGAGGUCUCUCGACUCUGUCCGUCAGAAUGAGUGAUCCGGCAGUGAUGAGGGUGGUGAGCACUAUCAUUCGCUCUCCAGAGGACAAACGGGAGUAUCAAGGACUUGAGUUUACAAAUGGCCUGAAAGCCAUAUUGAUCAGUGACCCCACCACUGACAAAUCAUCAGCUGCACUGGAUGUCCACAUAGGUUCUUUGUCAGAUCCUGAAAACAUUGCAGGGCUAGCCCACUUCUGUGAGCACAUGCUGUUUCUGGGCACAGAAAAGUACCCCAAAGAGAACGAGUACAGCCAGUUUUUGAGUGAGCACGCUGGCAGCUCCAACGCCUUCACCAGCGGAGAACACACCAAUUACUACUUUGAUGUAUCCCAUGAGCAUCUGCAAGGGGCUUUGGACAGGUUUGCCCAGUUCUUCCUCUGUCCUCUGUUUGAUGAGAGUUGUAAGGACAGGGAGGUGAACGCAGUAGACUCGGAACAUGAGAAGAACCUCAUGAAUGACGCUUGGAGACUGUUUCAGCUGGAGAAAGCCACUGGGAACCCCAAACACCCCUUUAGCAAAUUUGGCACUGGUAAUAAGUUAACACUUGAGACAAGGCCAUCUCAACAGGGCAUUGACAUCCGUGAGGAGCUGCUUAAAUUUCACUCCACCUACUACUCCUCCAACCUGAUGGCACUGUGCGUGCUGGGCAGAGAGACAUUGGACCAGUUGACGUCUAUGGUGGUAAAGCUUUUCGGAGAGGUGGAGAACAAGAGUGUUCCUCUUCCGGAAUUCCCUACACACCCUUUUCAAGAGGAACAUCUGAGGCAUUUUUACAAAGUCGUGCCUAUCAAGGACAUUAGAAACCUGUAUGUGACCUUCCCCAUCCCAGACCUGCAGAAGUACUACAAGUCAAACCCUGGACAUUAUUUGGGCCAUCUGAUCGGACAUGAAGGUCCAGGGAGUCUUCUGUCCGAGCUCAAAGCUAAAGGAUGGGUGAACACACUUGUCGGAGGCCAGAAAGAAGGAGCCAGAGGAUUCAUGUUCUUCAUUAUUAAUGUGGACUUGACAGAAGAGGGACUCUUGCAUGUCGAGGAUAUCAUCUUUCACAUGUUCCAGUACAUUCAGAAGUUGCGGACAGAGGGGCCUCAGGAGUGGGUCUUUCAGGAGUGCAAAGAUUUGAAUACAGUGGCUUUCAGAUUUAAAGAUAAGGAACGUCCACGUGGAUACACAUCUAAAGUGGCUGGACUACUGCAUGAUUAUCCACUUGAGGAGGUACUAGCUGCAGAAUACUUGCUGGAAGAAUUCAGGCCAGAUCUCAUAGAGAUGGUGCUUGAUAAGCUGAGACCAGAGAAUGUCCGGGUUGCUGUUGUCUCCAAAUCAUUUGAAGGACAGACGGACAGGACUGAAGAGUGGUACGGCACACAGUAUAAGCAGGAAGCCAUUUCUGAUGAGGUCAUUAAGAAAUGGCAAAAUGCAGACCUAAAUGGAAAAUUCAAGCUGCCAAUGAAGAAUGAAUUCAUUCCAACCAACUUUGAAAUAUACCCUCUAGAGAAGGAUUCCCCUUCCGCCCCCACUUUAAUCAAGGAUACAGCAAUGAGUAAAGUUUGGUUCAAACAGGAUGACAAGUUUUUCCUGCCAAAGGCUUGUUUGAACUUUGAGUUCUUCAGCCCGUUUGCGUAUGUGGACCCGUUGCAUUGUAACAUGGCGUAUUUGUACCUUGAGCUGCUUAAGGACUCCCUGAACGAGUAUGCAUAUGCAGCUGAGCUAGCCGGCCUCAACUAUGACCUCCAAAAUACCGUCUAUGGAAUGUAUCUGUCAGUGAAGGGUUAUAAUGACAAGCAACACAUCUUGCUGAAGAAGAUCAUUGAGAAGAUGGCCGCAUUUGAGAUUGACGAGAAACGCUUUGAUAUCAUUAAAGAAGCGUAUAUGAGGUCUCUGAAUAACUUCCGUGCUGAGCAGCCCCACCAGCACGCUAUGUAUUACCUGCGGCUGCUCAUGACUGAGGUAGCCUGGACCAAAGACGAACUCCGAGAUGCUCUAGAUGAUGUCACAUUGCCUCGUCUCAAGGCGUUCAUACCGCAACUGCUGUCACGGUUACACAUUGAAGCUCUGCUGCAUGGCAACAUCACCAAACAGUCCGCUCUGGGCAUGAUGCAGAUGUUGGAGGACACACUUAUUGAGCAUGCUCAUACUAAGCCCCUCCUACCAAGUCAGCUGAUUCGAUACAGAGAAGUCCAGGUUCCUGAUGGUGGUUGGUAUGUUUACCAGCAGAGGAACGAGGUUCAUAAUAACUGUGGAAUUGAGAUUUACUACCAGACGGACAUGCAGAAUACUCAUGAGAACAUGCUGCUGGAGCUUUUCUGUCAGAUUAUCUCUGAGCCCUGCUUCAACACGCUACGCACCAAAGAACAGCUGGGUUACAUAGUGUUCAGUGGUCCCCGCAGGGCCAAUGGGGUGCAGGGUCUACGUUUCAUCAUCCAGUCUGAGAAAGCUCCGCACUACCUGGAGUCCCGUGUGGAGGCAUUUCUCAAGACUAUGGAGAAGAGUGUGGAGGAGAUGGGAGAGGAAGCGUUUCAGAAACACAUUCAGGCACUGGCCAUCCGCCGCCUGGACAAACCCAAGAAACUGGCAGCGGAGUGUGCCAAGUACUGGGGAGAGAUCAUCUCCCAGCAGUACAACUUUGACAGGGAUAAUAUUGAGGUGGCUUACCUGAAGACACUGAUGAAGGAGAACAUUAUGCAGUUUUACCGGGACCUAUUGGCCAUCGAUGCUCCCAGAAGACACAAGGUGUCAGUGCACGUGCUGUCCAGAGAGAUGGAGUCCUGUCCUCUGGUAGGGGAGUUUCCUGCACAAAAUGAUGUCAAUCUGCCUCCUGCCCCCUCACUUCCUCAGCCGGUGUUUGUAGAGAAUAUGACUGAUUUCAAAAGGAGUUUGCCGCUGUUCCCUCUCACCAAACCUCACAUCAACUUCAUGGCUGCCAAGCUGUGAUCAGCAUCAUGAGGUUACCAGGGAGGCCCAAAUCUGGAGCCAGUAACACCGUUAUCUGUGUGUGAAUGUUUUGUGUGUGUAUGUGUGUGUAAGCAGGCAGGGCCACGAUAGUGCCGCUUGCAACAUUUUAGUUGUGCUCUGUGUCAGACAUCCAGAGAUCACAAAGAGUCACCUGAAAUCUCAUAGAUACCAAGACCAUACAAUGUGAGGACUGUUUUAGUGGAGGGGGAAAAAAAAUCAUGUUGCUUCUGUCAGGAAAUUUGUUUCCCUAUAUAAUAUAGGACAUACUCGCUGGCCACAAAGACACAAACAUUCUGAUUCUUCAGUUCCUAAUAAGUUUAAAAUGUCAUUUCAAAAAGUUGUUUCAUUUACUGCUGCUGAGCUAAACCAUCAGUGGUUGGUGUAGUAUAUCAAGUGAUGUCUCCUGAAAACAUUCUGGCCUUAAAAAGAUUUUUAAUCAGUGAUCGGGUUUUCUGACACCUUUUUAUAGAAAAGUUUAAUUUAAACGAGUUGCUUUUGAAGAGUUGUUUUUAGGCUGUUAUUUUCAGUGCAUGUUGGCAGAGUUUUAUCUUAAGGAUAGUGUUGUAAAUUUAUCUGUGCAAGGUGGUUACGACUUGUUUGAUUUUUAUUUUAUUUGCGGUUGAAGGAAUAUCAUAAUAAACCAUUUUGAAUAUCA